AUGGAGUAUCUUCGACCAAUGAUAUUUUUCGCCCUAUGUGCGCAGCUAAUGAGUUUUGCUGUUGCAUCACCAUCUUGGUGGGCUUAUCAGUAUCACUUCAUACAAAAACGUACCAACAGCUGCGCUUCUAUCCUAGCCACAUCUACUCACACUUGUGCGAUGCUUGCCGCAACUUGUGGCAUAACAACGGCUGAAUUUUCCUCUUUUAACCCAAGAUCCAGUUCUUGCUCAUCUUUUGGUUCAGGAAAGCCCGUAUGCUGCUCAUCAGGAAGCAUAGUCUUGCCACCUCAGGCGAGCAUAGAGGGUCUUUGCUACAACUAUACUGUUCAGUACGGCGAUUCUUGUGAACACAUAGCUCAAGGAUAUGAAAUCACGGUGGAUCAGAUAGAAGAACUCAAUAGUCGAACAUGGGCUUGGACCGGAUGCAAUGAGCUGAAACAAGGCAACUUCAUUUGUCUUAGCUCUGGUGAGCCUCCAAUGCCUGUGGCUCUUCCAAAUGCUGUCUGUGGCCCUCAGGUUCCUGGGACGAUGCGUCCAAGCAACUGGGACAGUAUUGGCACUCUCAACCCAUGCCCAUCCAACGAGCUUGGUAGUAAAGCGUCGAGCUCCUUUUUGAGUCUUCACUCGCAUUCCUCCUCUGCUCCAUCUGACACAACUACUUCCAAAGCUGCUACAAACAGCCCCACCCAUAUGGCCUUUUCCACUUUUCCGAGCAGUACGACUGAAUUGCUUCCAACAGAACAUCAAUCAUCCACCCAUUCAACUAUUUCAACACAUGCUACUACCACUGCGCAUGCUACUACUACUAAUUCCUGUUCAACUACCGCUGCACAUUCAACUACGAGUGCCCAGUCGUCUCAGACUAGUAGCUCCGUCUCUACUGCUGCUGUAAAACCUUGGAUGAUCAGCAUUUAUAGUGAAAAGGGCUGCGCAGGUGAUUACUAUCUGGUACAAGGAUACAAUGAACACACGGAUACCAAAGCAUGCCUAACCCUUCGAAAUGGUCUUAACACCACUAUCACAGACAUAGACACAUCUUGCCGAUGGUGGACAAACGGCGGCUCCUCGUGGGCUAGCUGUGAUUCAAGCCCAUUAAAAAGCCUCAGUCAUGGUAUAUGCACAAUGGUAUAUGUUCAGUUUCGGAUAACCCACUAUGUGCUUCUGAUGGUUAUGGCCAAGCUUAUACCUCUUGGGAUCAAAAAGGCUGCGAAAACAACGAUGAUUCGAAAUUCAAUCCUCCCACUUGGGAUGCGAUGGAAUGUUCCAUCAAAGAUUAACGAGAUCCUGUCAUUAAUGGUACAUUAA